UCCAAUAUCCCCAUAAAGAGAAAUGAACCGAUGAGAUAAGACUAAUUAAUAUAAACUGGAACAAAAGGAAACAUUUGACCAGUCUGUUAAAGUAUAUCGCUCAGUAUGAAAUCGUUAGUCUGGAUUGUGGCUCUUUUAGCAGCCGUGCAUUAUGGCUCCUGCAUGGAUAGCCGAGAAGCGUUCUUGGAACAAUUGCGUAGCGUCAGGGCGCAAAUGAGUACCGAAGCUAUGUACAAAAGAAGACUUAUGACUCUAGUGGAAAGCAUUUGUCCAGGAUAUGCCGAACCCGUUGAGAACGCAACCUUGAAAGCUAUUAGUUGUUUUGAAUUACUGGACGAGGAGUCUGAAACAGCAUGCUCUUUGGUCAAAAACAGCUUUAAAACAUGCAUUUCGCCCAUAGUCAAUGUAUUUGAAGAAUGCUUACCAGCUACAGGAAAGCAGUUACCCAAUUUCGCUGUAGAUGCAGUUUUGGCAGUUAGCGAACAUAUCUGUCGCAUAGAUGGCGAGCAUAUUAUUGAGUUAAGCAACAAAUGUUUUAGAAAUGUGAACUACCGCACUCAAAAGUGCAUUAAACGCAACCAAGCCAAAGUACAGCAAUAUUUGAGAGAUAAGAAAUUUCCUUCUGUUCAAGAAACUUGCGAGUUAAUGGACAGUAAUAAAGCAUGUCUUGACUCUCAUCUGGCAUCUGCAUGUGGAAAUAGCAUAACCAGAGAAGCCUUUUUAGAUGUUUUCAAAGUUCUAAAGAACGUCUGCAAUACAUAUUCUCAAAGUUCCCAAAAUAACAUCGAACUUCUUUAUUAAAAUGUGUAACAUAAUAAAUAUUAAUAUAUGUAAUGGAAUAAAUCGAAAAAAAUAUAAAAUAAAAAUGUAAACAUAAGCCCAUCUCGUUUUUUUAAUGUGCGACGAAUUCGAUUAAAAACAGUCAUAAUAUAACUGUCAUAAUAUUAUCAUGAUCUAUAAUUAAAAUAAAUUAUUUAUUACUUGUUAAAAAAAUAUUUAAAUAUUUUAUAAAUACACAUCUAGCUAUUUA